AUGUUGACAAUCGCUUUCUUCGGUCCAACAGGCGGGUGCGCAAACGCCUGUUUGGCGUACACCCUCCUAAACGGCCACAAAGCCAUCGCCCUAGCCCGCACACCCGCGAAACUCACCACACAACUCCUCGAGCAACCGGGUCUAACAACCGCCAUCCUGAACACCCAGCUCCGCAUCAUCCAAGGAGAUGCAACGGACAUGGAAGCCGUCAUGCAAACGCUACUUGUCUCUGAAACACCGCGAUCCCUGAAGUCAGCCGGCGGCGACUCCGCCACAAGCCGCCCUGUCCUGGUCGACAUGAUCGUAUCUGGGAUCGGGGGCACCGGCGCGGUGUCAAUUACCAAGGCGUCCUCGUGUGACAAGAUCAAGAUGCGGGUUCCGUCGUUGCCGUAUGUGGAUCUUGCUAAUCCGCAGAUCACGGAGCAAUUUACUGUGGCGCUGCUUGGUGCGUUGGGGCGGGUUGCGGGGAGGUUCUCUUGCUUUGAGGAGUAUGCGGGUGUUGCGCCGCGGUUGGUGAUUGUUUCUACGACGGGGAUCAAGGCGGGGUCGAAGGAUGUGCCGUUUUGGGUGCGGAUGAUGUAUGAUAUGUUGUUGGCGAUUCCGCAUGAGGAUAAGAAGCGGAUGGAGGAGCUUUUGGAGGAGGAGAGGGGGAGGGAGAAUAGUUUGCUUGUUCGUGGGCUGAUUGUUGUGCGACCCAGUCUUUUGGAGGGGGAUCAUAAGAUUGUUGCGCCCGGGGUGGAUGACGGGUAUGAGAAGAAGUUGAGGGUCGGGACGGAGAAGGAGCCGGCUGUUGGGUAUACUGUUCCAAGGGCUUGGGUUGGGCGGUGGAUUUUUGAGGAGGUUCUUAAGACUGGUGGGGAUGAAUGGGUUGGAGAGGGGGCGAUUCUUACUGCUUGA